CAUCACUGUCUGCUAGAAAGAGGAAGCUAGUUUACAUAGGAGUCAUACCAAGCAUAGCCUGCAUGUCAGUGCAGUUAACUUGCAGCGGGCUGUGAGGAGAAUUAGCAUGUCUUUGUGCUAGGAUAUCGGUGCCCUUCUCUCCCCCCCCUUUCCCCUCCCAAUCUGGAAACAGAUCUAGAUGCAAUUUUGUUUGUAAUUGGCAACGCAAUACUUUUCAAAUUCUCCAUCUCCGAUUCUAAAGCCCGUUAAGGAGAUUUUGGCUCUCCCUCCUCUUUUUCCUCAACUCGCUUUUAUUAUACUUUGUUUUGAUUCGUCGGAGGCUGGGCCUUGAGCUUGCGGGACUCGGGAAAGAGCCAGGAGCUCCUCGCCAGCGUUUGCCCGCGUACUUGUCGCUGCUUUGGGGGGCGGAAGCAAGCAAGCUGGUCUUCUUUGCUAGCCCGCUAAAUGCUAUUUAUGAAGAUGGACCUGUUGAACUACCAGUACUUGGACAAGAUGAACAACAAUAUUGGUAUUCUCUGCCAGUAUGAAGGUGAAGCUGCUCUAAGAGGGGAACCCAGGAUGCAAUCGCUUCCAGUAUCCAGUGCUGUAACCAACCAUAGGACAGGGCCACCCCCUAUCAGUCCCUGCAAAAGGAAGUUCAGCAUGGAUCAAGGAGAUGAUGACCUAGACUGUGAAAAUGAACAUGUCUCAAAAAUGAGUCGAAUGUUCAGUCCCCAUCUAAUGAAGACUGCCAAUGGGGAUUACCGGAAAGAGCACAGAGAAAGGAGUCGCAGUCCAAUUGACCGGGCUGCUGCACCCACAGUGAGCAUUCAUGCUAAUCACAUGUAUGCUUCAAUCCCAAGCUUAACCAUGGAUCAACCUCUAGCACUGACCAAAAACAGCAUGGAUGCUACCCGGUCUAUCAGCAUCACUCCAACAAUGACGUCGGUGGAACGGCAGCAGAAUCGUCCAUCUGUAAUCACAUGUGCCUCUGCAAGCAAUCGUAACUGUAAUCUCUCUCAUUGUCCGAUUGCGCACAGUGGAUGUGGCACUGCUGUGCCAGCAAGUUACCGGAGAUCAUCUAGCACUACCACUGCCUGUGAUCCAGUGGUGGAAGAGCACUUCCGUAGGAGCCUUGGCAAGAAUUACAAGGAGCCAGAGCCAGUGACAAACUCUGUAUCCAUAACGGGAUCAGUUGAUGACCACUUUGCCAAAGCACUUGGAGAUACAUGGCUUCAGAUUAAAGCUGCAAAGGAUGGAGUGUCCAGCAGUCCCGAGUCUGCCUCCAGGAGGGGCCAGUCAUCUUCUCCUUCUUCUCAUAUGGUCAACCAUAAUCAUUCACCUUCUGUAGUCUCAUGAAGAGAGGACCACAAUUUCUUCAUCCAAACGUGAAUUUGCAUGGUUUGACUGGGCUUGGAACAGCACUCAAACAAUAAUAGUGUUUGGGAGGGAGGAAAGGAGGCGAGAUUAGUUGUCAACACACAUUUUAAUGUAUUUGCUUGGUUUUAUACAAGUGUGCCCUUAAAAGAUCAUAACAAGAACUAUUUGAUUAAAAAUAAAUUCUGUGAUGUAGCACUCUUUCCCCCCUGCCUCAAUUACCAAAGAAACCUCUCAUGCAUAUCUGCUGCCCCUUUUUAUAAAACAUGCAGAAGCAAGUUAAUGGGCAAAAAAGCCAUUCUGUACAGUUGGUUGACCCAAAUACUGUGUGCUUUGAUUAGCUUCUUGAGACUAGAAAUUUGUCUGGGUUUUUUUGCUUCCAUUGCUUUCUUCUCUCUUUGUGAAGUAACUUUGUAUGUAUAUACUUGAAAAGAACUGUCAUGUAUGAUUUGCACUAUUGGAGGAAGUCUAGAGUUGCAUAGCAACUUCACGCACGAUGCUUAUAUUCUGAGGGCAAACUGCUUGGUAAAAAGUCUAAGGGUGACAUUUCCGUCUCUUUAAAGCAAGAAAGCAAAAUUGGUUAGGAAGGGGAAGUCUAAUACAGGUUAUAGGUCUUUCUCUCUUUAGCUGUCAGGUGCUUAGUGCUUGCAACUGGACUGCAUAAUUGACCGAUCAUGGGCAUUUUCAUUUUUCUUAACAUUGCAGUUUGUUAGAAUAGAGUUGAGGUCAGAGGGUUCAAUAGUGCUUAAAGAUGCAUGUUUAUGAAAAAAAUAGCUGGUAUCUAUUAAUGUAUAGACAGUAAGAAACAUAAUACUUAUUAGCCUUUGAGAACUAGUUUUAUUUUUUUUCAGUAACAGUCCUAGGUAGACUUACUGCUGGUACAGUUGUACUCUGAUAUUUGUAUCUGAUAUUCACCUUUAGUAGCAGCCAGCAAACAUGGACAGCCUCACAUCGGGCCAUAGAAGAAGCAAUUUAUACAGUAGAGAGUGCUGUGAAGUACAGGAUGCUUUCGCUGCAUUCACUACUCCAUUUGCAGCAUCAGCUAUUUAAUAAGAAUUUGAUUACUAAAAGGUUUACGGCGUGUAAGCUAUUUAGUUGCAAAAAGUGAUCUGUCUUAAAAUAUUGAGACUAAUCAAUAGAUUGUAAAAUAGCAAUCUUUAGUUAUUGAGGCUGCUUAUAAAUCUAGGCCAAUGCACCAUACAUUCCUCCAUUAAAAAAACUUUUUAAAAGAUGUUACUUGCAUUUAUUUCAUUUGCUAUAUUAAUAGCCACUAACUAGAUAAAUAGAGGCAGGCAUAAAGAACAGACUUAUGGUAGUAUCAAUGAGCUUCUCAGCUUUGUUAAAUGCAGCAACUUGCCCCUUCUUUUUCCCCUCCCACACAUUCCACUGUCCCCCAGUACAAUUAUAGCUAGUGGGUUUCUUUAAUAUACUGGGUUACCUGAAAAGACUGGCUCCAUUUGAGAGAGAAAGAGAGAGGUUAGUAUUGCUUGUAAAUCAGAACUACAUAUGAUGUGUUCUGGACAAUGUUACACUAUUGGGUCCAUACUGGCUUUUACAUUUUUUCAAUGUUAAAGCUAUUUAAUGAGAAAGGCAUAGGGUAAGAGACCAGAACAUGACCUGAUCUAUUAAUUUUUGUUUUCUUUGACUGUGGCUGCCUAAUUUUAGAAGCGGAAAAGGCCAACAGAAGCUCCUCCCUGCUCAUCCAUUUCACUGUCAUCAUCCUGGGUAGUCAAUGCACAGUCUACUUGGGCAUUCACUGCCCGACUCCCUGUAAGAAAAUUGCAGAAAAAAAACCAACACUUUUUUAUGUAGGUAACUUUAAGACCAUCAUUACGCUGUGCGUAAAGAAUGUACAGAGAAAUUUGUAGGUAUUUUUUGAGGAACAAUUAAUUUGUUAAUGAUAUGUAGCUAUUUAAUUUUUCCUUUUCCUUUAUUGUAAUCAUUCUCUUUCUCUUUUUUUUUUUGUCUGUUUGGAGAAAAAAAGUUGAUCUUUUUUUUUUUGUAGAUGUGUCUGUAAUACAGUAAAAGUGCAGGAACACAGUUAUUCUAUGAGAACACUGCAUUAGCAAUUAAUAGCCACUAGUGUGUUAUUGCUACAGGCUACUGAGCGGUCUAACAGGAAAGUACUAAUGACUGUAGAUGGGCUCUGUGAGAAUUUGUAACUCCUCUGACAUCUCUUUGAAGCACAAUAUAAAAAUGUCAGGUUUACUUAUCUGUGAUAGGUAAAUGCAGUUGUGGUGGGCAGAGAUCGACAUCUAUCCACAAAACACUUGGAAAUUAUUUGUACUGAUUUUGAUGGAACCUAUAUCAAAGUAAUGGUGCUUAGGAUUGUAGGUUUGAUGUAAGGUGUCCCAUGCUUAAUCUUUUUUUUUUGUGGGAAAUUACCAUGGGAAAUAAUAAUUUUGUGAAAGCCAAAGGGGAUUCGGGGUGGGGAGAUGAGGGAUAUUAGCCUCACUGUUACAUGAAGUUUAUCACAGAGCCACAUAUCUACAGUUCAGCUUGAACAAUGCUCUCCAUGUUUGUAAAUCUGUAAUAUAUCAUUCUUUUAUGGCCUCCAUUUACCUAGAGAUUUUUUUAAAAAAGGUUUGGCAGGCCAUCUUUUUUGUACUUAAAGUAGCCUUAAUGAACAAUAAAGUGCUCUUAAAAUUUCA